CCGCGCGCUAUUUUGAAUAAGUGCGCGAGGCUGCGCUGAGGUACCGGGCGCUAACGGUAGCGUUACAUCAGGGAGCGUCGCGUGAACAGCGCGGAAAUUGGGUUUUCGAAGAAGAAUGAAAUGUCUAAAAACAGAUGAGUAUGUCCAGCGGAUCUCGUGUGUAAAGGACACGGCUGUUUUAUACAAUGAGCUAAAGAAACACGUGAAGGACGGCCUCGGACCGUUCGGCCGGACGGCGUGCGAUCGGAUCAUUCGGGCCUGCAACCAGCGGCUGGGCGGAGGAGCUCUGGAGGCGGAGCUUCAGGAGCGACUGGUCGAUCUGGUGGAGCUGGCCACGCAGGGGUACGAAACCGUCACAGAACCUGGAGCACAGGGUUCCUCACUUUAUCUGGAGAAGAUCAUCUUCCACGUCCUGCAGAAGCUGGUCACACAUGGAGCUCAUGCCGCGGCGGGUCGACUCGGGGACUUCAUGUACCUCAGACUGCAGGAGGCGUCCUCACAGGUUGAAGACUUCAGCGUGCUGGUGCGGAACUGUUUCGCCGUCCUCUGGAAUGGCUGGAGCGGCGCUCAGGUCUCCGGACUGUCGUCUAGACAGAGACUGGGCGGACAGUUGCGGGCUGUGUGUUUCCGUCUGCUAGAGGAGAACUCCUCCGGCUCGUCUAAAGUCCCCGUGUUUGUGGAGGAGGUGCUGAGCGAGUACGAGCGUGCACAGGGGACCCUGACCCGGGACGAUGCGGCGUUUUUGCUCUCGGAGUUCCGGAAGCGUUUUCUGGAGCAGGCCCUGACUCCGCCCGCGCUGACUGUGGCGUGUGAGGCGGUAGUCAAGGCGUGUAAGCCGCUGUGUAAGAACGGCCUGUGGGAGGAAGCAGCGCAGCUGGUAGACCUAGCGCUGGUGUGCUUGCGGGAGCGCGGUGAGGGAUUGUGCUCAGCAGCGGGACUGGCGCUGCAGGCGGUGCGACUGCAUCGAGACCUCGGCGCCGGAGCGGAGUGCAGCAGGACGUUCACAGACUGCGCUCGCGUCCUCCGGGGCCUGCCUGCUGCUCUCGGUGCGGCAGAAGGCCACGCCCUGAUGGAGGCGUGCCAGCUAGUUGUCUGGGCGACAGAGGCGGGGCAGACGACCGGCAUGGGCGGAGCUACACUCAUGGCCAGCUUUUCGUUCUGGGAGGAAUAUCAGGAGUUUGUGAUAAGACAGCAGGAGAGCUCGCCGCAGCUGCAGUAUUCUCUGUGCUUCAGUCUGUACCAGGGCUUCACCAGCACCUACGACAGUUUACACACCUCACAGGACUCGGUUGUUGAGUUUCUGGACAGAAUCCUGUUGUACUGCCAGGCAACUGCGGGACGCAUGAUGACGGAAAUCCGCAAACUGUCCAAUGAUGGCUUCUUCCUGAAAGCAGUGUCUGUGGUGAACAACGUGGUGUACGAGUUGUUUAACAGGAAGCUGUAUGAGGAAGCGUAUGGACUGGUGGAGAUUAUUUGCCAGGAGCUGAGUAGAGACUGUCCCUCCUCUUUUCCUGUGGACAGGGUGAACCGCUGCUUCAUGUUGGCGGUGCAGUGCAGUCGGCGAGCGUCUCGUCUGGACCGAGCUCUAGACUGGGUCGUGCGCUGGAUUCGGGUUUUAGGUUCUCGGGUUCUGGAUCAUCUUACAGAACCGGUGUCGCUGUGGGUUAAGACCAAGUGCGACGCAGCGCGGGCCGGAGAGGACGACACGCGCCUCAGGACCCUGAGGGACGGUCUGGGAGCGGCCACGGUUGACGAGGAGGUGUGUCUGCGUCUCCUGGAGGAGGAGCUUCGGCUGUAUAAGGAGCAGAGCGGCGACACGGCACAGGAGCGCUAUAACACACUCUGUGAUCUGCUUGAGAUCUGCCACGAGGAAACCACACACACGCUCCGCCGCGCCUCGUACCUGUGUGACAUGGCCCAGGUGGUGUGUUACCGGGACUUCAGUGAACAGACUGACUGCUCUGCAGUGGAUUUUGUUCAUGAGGCUCUGCGCUUGUUGGAGGAGGAGCCUGAGACGGAGGAGAGCUCUGAUAGGCUGAGGGAUGAGAAGGCGCACGCCUCCCUCUGGCUCUACAUCUGCACGCUUGAGGCCAAUCUACAGGAGGCGGUGGACACGGAACGGCGUCUGCGUGCGGUGCAGGAGGGCAGUAAGACCGCGGCUGAUCUGGAGCCAGUUCCCACUAACGACCUGGAGUACGAGGACAAGCAGAAGGUCCAGGAGAGUCAACUGGUGUAUGACGGACUGCGCUUUAAUCUGUCUGAGCACAAUAAGCACAUGGAGCCCUUAGAUAAGUGUUUAUUGCUCUGGGAGACUCUGCUGAAGGACGCCUCUGUACCUGCAGUCAGGGACCCCAAACACACCGCCUCCUCCAUCCUGAUUAUGGCUGCAUUGUACACCCUCAUGGGCAAGACGCUGCAGGCUCUGCAGUCCUAUCAGCUGGCAGCGUCUCUUCUUCAGCUCCUCGGUGACGUCCAGAACAGCGCCAGCGCUUCACUCCACGCCGCUAAACUCCUGCUAGACCUGGGCUCUCCACACCUCGCACAGGUCCAGUUGGAUCAGGUUCAGAGGUGUUUAAAUACCAACUGUGAGGGAGCGAGUGUCCUGUCUGUCACUAACACACUGCUCAGGGCACAGCUCCACUACACACUCGGAGAGGUGGAGACGGGUGUACACGGUGUGUGUGAGGUGUUGAAGGAGACGGCGCUGCAUCACUCUAAAGGCUGGUACAUGCUGAAGGCUCGAGCUCUGCAGACCGCCAGCGCCUUCCUCAGCCUCGACACGGAGACGCUGCACACACACCUGCGCCAGACCAUCAUCCAGCACGGUGUAAAGACUCCGGACACGGCCCAGUAUGAAGCCCUGAAGCUGUUGUGCAGUCUCGUCAUGAUGCUGCUGGGACACGGGUUUUACGGAGCUCCCAGUCUCAACACUGACACGCGAUUCGUAGACCAAGGGGACAGUGUGGUGUUUAAGUGGCUGCUGCUCAGUGAGGUGUUGCUCUGCUCCGAGAGGAUGGUGCGUCUGAGGAGCGCGAGUGGAGCGGCUCAUGAAGCCAAAGCUCAGUGUCUCGAGGCUCUCAAACUUGCCACCAAACUGCACACACUCAGCCACUGUGCUGAGCUGCUGGUGUUGAAAGCCGAGCUGGAGUUGAUGAAAGGUGGAGGUGAAGCCGGUGUUCUGGAUCUGGAGCAGGUCCGACACUUACUGGAUCUCUGCACAGAUUUUGGUGAGCAGCAGCAGAAGUCGGAGGUGAAGUUAAAACCCCGUAAAGGCCGCCCGGCUGUUAGAGGCCCCGCCCCCGAGCUCCAGGAGGAGCAGGAGGAGGAAGAGGACAUGCGUGGGCUCCUGAGCUCCCGCUCUCUGGGCCGGGAGGCGUUAGAGGAGCUGAGCGGGUUGGGGCAGGACGCCUCGCCCCCUCUGAAGCCCAAACGGCAGCGUCUGCUGUCCUGCCUGAGCCACGCCGAGAGCUGCUCCUGCCCCUGCUGCACCGAACCCGCCCUGGCUCGGGUCGCCGUGCUCUGGGCCCUGGCGCAGGCCGACGCCCAGAGCGAGGUGCAGAAUUCUCGACGUCUGCGCCACGUCGCUAGGCUUCGGUGUCGUCACAUCGGCGCAAAGCUCCACACCCGUCUGGCAGCGCUGAUGUGCGUUAAACCGCCGGAAAAGCCGCGCAUGCUGCAGACGGAGGUGGUGAGGGCGCACCUGAGCGCGGUGCUGACACACCUGUGCCGCGGCCUGGCCGAGACGGGUAAAGCCAGCGCUCUGUGGGAGGAGAUGGAGGCGGGCCUGAAGGCCGCGGAGCCCCGGGGGGCGCUGUUCCCCGAGCUGGGGCAUCUGAAAGCGGCGCUGCUGGGGGCCAAGGGCGUGGCCUUGUGUCUGGCUCUGGCUGGAAAGAAGCAGUGCAGCCCUGACGAGCUGUUCUCCUUGGCGUGGGGCUGGACUCCUCCCGCUCCCCCCAAACCCAAAGCGCAGGUCAAACCCCGAGGAAAGAGCUCCAGCGGUGACGGACCCCUCCCAGCACCUUCAGCUAAGAACCUCACGGAGAACAAGCAGGAGGUGUGUGUAGACACGGGGAGUAAAAAAGUCACUAUUGCUUCCUCAAAGAAAACCAAGAGCUCCGUAACAAAAAUCAGCAUCAUGAACCCGGGCGCGGUCUUCAAAACCCCCAGAGCGUCCCGAACGCCCAGACCCAGGGCCGUCUCCACCAUGACACCCGCCGGCACCGACCUGAGCGCCUUCGACUUCACCACAGAGGUGCCCGAUAUUACAGUGAGCUCUACUCCUCUUCCUGCAGCCAAGGCCACGCCCAGUAGCCGCUGCGGGGUCACGAGAUCAAAGGACGCGUCAAAGGGUUCCUUUCAGGUUUUUGAAGAUGCGUCGCCUCUCCAAGACAAACCUGUACCGGUUCCAGCAGCUCCGAAACGGACCAAACGCUCACGCUUUAAGGUGGAGUUCAGCGAUGAGAGCGACGCCGAGCCGGCUGAGGUGCCGAAGACGAAAUCGCACGACAAGCGCGCCGUAUCUUCGGCUCCCAAACCCGCCUCUAAAGUCUCUCUGAGCCGGGCCUCCGAACGGGACGGGCCCAGACACACCAGAACCGGCAAGAAAAGCACCGCCCUCUGCAACAGUGGCGCCUCCUCCGAGGAAGAAACGCGGCCGCGGCGGGGGCGAGGGAGGAAAGGUCCGAGCGGCGGCGAUGUGGAUAAACCUGAGAGGAUGAGGAUGAUCCGCGAGGAUGAAGACGAAGGAGGUCUGGACAUCAGUCUGGAGGACCUUCAUGAGUCUGACUCAGAGCUGCUGGACACAGGGGGCGUGGCUGAAGGCCCUGACGCUGACUGUGAGGUUCUCAGGAGAGAUCUGGGAGCAGACCUGACCCGAGACUGUGUGAAGGAGCUCAGGAGCUCUGGGCAGACUGGACUAACACUACCUCACACACACGCCACACCAGAUGAGCUCUCUGUAGAUGGGAUCCGUUCUCUCUUGACAUCCUCUUGGCUCCUCCUCCACCACUUCCCAAGCCCCUCCCUCUACCCACACAUGUGCUUGCUGCUCGCCCAGUCACUCGGCACGUCCGAUCCCAUCACCACGGCGAUGCUGCACGCUCAGUCGCUGGGCGUGGCCUCUCGUCACCACAUGACUCGUCACCUGGCCAAUCGGAUCAGGAAGCUGAAGAAGUCGAGCGGUGACGUAUCGGAGAGUCUGAGCGGACUGAGUCUGGAGGAAUCACCCAGUCAGACGCAGACGAACUCCCUGUCUGCCCUCGAGAGCGUCUACUCCUUCACCUGCACGCAGCCGGAGCAGUUCCCCCACACACACUGCACAGAGUUCACACAGCAGCUCCAGCACCUGCCCUCAGGUGUAACCGUGUGCCUGCUCUCCCUCGUGGGGACACGUCCCGGUGAGAUUGGCAGCACCGUUCUUAUCACGCGGUUGGAACGUGACUCCGCCCCCAUCACCAUGAGGAUCCCGACUGCGCAGACACGCCGCCCGAUGGCCGUGCUGCUGGAGGAGAUGGAGGCGGUGCUGCAGAGCCAGAAGAAGGUGAGCGCGGUGACGGACAAGGCGGACUGGUGGGAGGGCAGGAAGGCUCUCGACGCUCGUGUGCAGAAACUUCUCGAGGAGAUAGAGGAGGCGUUGGGUGUGUGGCGAGCCUUGCUCCUCCCCAUGACCUCCGACCCUGAGCUGUCGGCUCAAAUGAAAGCCCUUGAGUGUUCAGUGAGAGGAUCGAGGCUCACGGCGGACGUGCUGAAGGUGGUCCUUUCUGCAGCGCCGCUCCUGUCUCCGUCUGACCUGCAGUCUCUGUCUGAGGGGGCGUGUCUGCAAGAUGGAGACUUCCUGAAGCUGCUCCGGAAGAGUGUGUGUGAGCUGAGGGGGAGAGAGGAACCUCAGGGACACACACUCCUCAUCCUGGACAAGUAUCUUCAGAAGCUGCCAUGGGAGAACAUCUCGUGCUUAAAGCCUCGUUCUGUCACUCGUAUGCCGUCACUUCACACCAUACUGGGGCACAGUCACCUCCAAGCGGUGGACCCAGACUGCGUGCUGUCGCGUGGUGUUGAUCCUCAGCAGGUGUAUUUUGUUCUAAACCCUGACGGAAACCUUCCGGAGACGGAGAAGCGCUUCAGAGACUGGUUUACCGGUGAGCGGGCGUGGCAGGGUGUGUGUGGAGCUCCUCCUGAUCCUGAUCAGCUCCAGGAGGCUGUCUCCACUAAAGACCUGUACAUUUAUAUAGGACACGGAGCCGGAGCGCGCUUCCUGGACACGCAGCGUCUCCUCCGCGGGAACGUCCGCGCGGUGUCCCUGCUGCUCGGGUGCAGUAGUGCUGCGCUUAGUGUCCAGGGGAACAUGGAGGGGAACGGAAUCGUCCUCAGCUACCUCAACGCCGGCUGUCCAUUAGUGUUGGGGAACCUGUGGGACGUGACGGAUCGUGAUAUCGACCGCUUCACCUCAGCCCUCUUACAGUCCUGGCUCUCCUCUGGGUCUGGCUCCUCCCUGCUCCAGCACCUGAUCCAAUCCCGUGACUCCACACACCUCAAGCACAUGAUAGGCGCUGCACCGGUGGCGUACGGCCUCCCUGUACACCUGCGCUAACACACACACACAUGCGCGCACACACUAGCCCCAGUCCUGUUAUUACAGUGGUAUUUCAGCAACAUUGCUGUCACAUGACCACCGACCUGAAGUCGUGUAUGUUGGUUUUACAGCUUAGAUUUUCAUGAUUUAAAGAUUUUCAACACUUUGAGAUUUUAAUCUGUGUAUUUUGAAUACUUGUACAUUUGUUUUAUAAAAUCUUGUUCUGUUUGCUGUUUUAAAUUGCUGUGACAGAUUUGUAACUUAUAUUAAAUUUAUAAAACUUUU